AUCGAUGACUCUAUUAACACGGAUAUUGAAACUGAUAUGUGGAAUUUUUUCCUUUUAUCCACAACACUGUUUAUCUGUACCCGUGUUGCUAAUGGACAGCCUGAUGGUACUAUCAGACUAAUUGGGGGAAAUAAUCAAGAAGAAGGACGCAUCGUGAUUUAUCACAACUAUCAAUGGGGAACAAUAUGUGAUGAUAAUUUCGAUACGUCAGAUGCUGUUGUAGCUUGUAGACAACUUGGUUAUAGGACGUCCAUGCCUAUAGUGUACACAGCAGGUGGUGGAUCAGACCCAAUAUGGUUAGACGAUAUGGGUUGCGAAGGUACAGAAUUGAGAAUUGCUAAUUGCAGACAUCCAGGAUGGGGCGUCCACAAUUGUAACCAUGGUGAAGAUGUUGGUGUAAGAUGUACAGGACAAUAUGGUGUAAAUGGUAAUUGGGGAUGUUGGUCCACUUGGUCAUCUUGCACUUCCUCUUGUGGUUCUGGUACAAGAAAAAGAACAAGAUUGUGUGACUCUCCUUCGCCAGCAUUUAAUGGAUUACCGUGUACUGGUGACUCAAACGAAACGCAACCAUGUACUGGCAGUUUUUGUCUAGUUAACGGAAACUGGGGAUCAUGGUCAGGCUGGACAGUAUGCAGUUCUAGUUGUGAUACUGGCCAUCAAACGAGAUCCCGUCUCUGUAAUAAUCCGGUACCAUCAUCAAAUGGUGCGCACUGUUAUGGAAAGUUGUUUGAAGUACUUAACUGCAGCAUUGCAAGGUGUACAGUUAAUGGAAACUGGGGAUCAUGGUCAGACUGGACAAUAUGCAGUUCUAGUUGUGAUACUGGCUAUCAAACGAGAUCCCGUCUCUGUAAUAAUCCGGUACCAUCAUCAAAUGGUGCGUACUGUUAUGGAAAGUCGUUUGAAGUACUCAACUGCAGCAUUGCAAAUUGUACAGUAAACGGAUUCUGGGGAUCAUGGUCAGUGUGGACACUUUGUAGUUCUAGUUGUGAUUCUGGCCAUCAAACGAGAUCCCGCCUCUGUAAUAAUCCGCUGCCAUCUUCCAAUGGUGAAUACUGUAAUGGAGAGUCGUUCGAAGUACUAAACUGCAGCUUUACAACGUGUACAGUGAAUGGAAACUGGGGAUCAUGGUCGGUGUGGACAGAAUGCAGUUCUAGUUGUGAUUCUGGCCAUCAAACGAGAUCCCGAAUCUGUAAUAAUCCGGUACCAUCAUCAAAUGGCGCAUACUGUAAUGGAAAGUCGUUCGAAGUACUUAACUGUAGCAUUGCAAGAUGUAUAGUUGACGGAAGUUGGGGAGAGUGGGGUAAGUGGUCAGAAUGCAAUGCAACUUGUGAUGGUGGUGUACAGAAACGUACGCGUUAUUGCAAUAAUCCAUAUCCUUCUACUGGUGGAUCUGCAUGUUCAGGGAUGACCUAUCAAAUAUCAAUAUGCGCCGAGACUAAUUGUCCAGUCAUUGGCACCUGGUCAGAAUGGGGAGUUUGGAGUUUAUGUUCGACCUCGUGUGGUUCCGGCAAUAGGACAAGAGGUAGACGAUGUGACAAUCCUCCUCCGUCUUAUGGCGGAGAGUAUUGUUAUGGCAAUACAUUAGAAUCAGAUACUUGUAAUACCCAUGAAUGUCCUAUUGAUGGUGACUUGAGUGAAUGGUCAUCCUGGGAUACUUGUAGUGCAACCUGUAAUGGAGGAAUUCAGGAUAGAAAUCGGAAAUGUGAUGCUCCUCUGCCAUCUAACGGGGGACGUUACUGCAAUGGGUCAACAAUAGAAAGUCGUUCUUGCAACACCGAGAAUUGUAAAAUUGACGGACAAUGGAGUGCAUGGCAAGAAUGGCAACCAUGCAAUACAACUUGUGGUAACGGUUCCAAACACCGAAUCCGGGAAUGUGAUAGCCCGACACCGUACUUCGGGGGCUCUGAAUGUAUAGGACUUGCAUUAGACAUUCAAGCUUGCUUUCCAGACAUAUGUCCAGAUGCACAUCUACAGGUCAAAAAGGAAACAUCAAAUACGGUCUCAUCUGCACUUUUUGGAGGUGUUGCAGUUGCGUGCAUUGUUGUAACUGUUUUCAUAACGUGUAUAGCUUUAUUUGUAUUUCGCAGAUUAAGACUUGGUAAAGUUGCAAAAAGAAAAAAAAGUGGAUGCAACACCGAAAGUCUUGCUGAAUUAAGAGUAACUAGCCAACAAAAUGAUUACGAUUGCAUCGGACGGGCUAGUGGUAUACAGAGUGGCGUUUAUGACACCUGCAGAAAUACUAAUAGUAAUGUCUAUGAUAAUACACCAUUCACUGCUAACGCUUCAUGCAAUGCUAACAAUGUCGAAUCACGUGCUCAUGCGAAAAUUCCAUGCAAUUCUGACAAAGUCGAAUCACGUGCUCAUGCGAACAUUCCAUGCAAUGCUGACAAUGUCAAAACACGUACUACUGCGAACAUUCCAUGCAAUGCUGGCAAUGCCAAAACACCUGAUCAUGCGAAAAUUCACUCUAAUGGUGACAAAGUGGAACCAUGUGCUCAUGCGAACAUUCCAUGCAAUGCUGAGAAAGAUGAAGAGAUAUACGAGAAUCUGAAAAUAAGAUGA